AUGCUUUUAUUGAUCUUUACCAAUGGGGCUUCUUUCAUGGCGGGUACUUUUUAUGCGUCCAAUGCUGCUAUUGCUUCUCAGUUUCCAAACCAACAAAAACUUGCCAUUCAACCACUGGAAUCAUCAUCCUGUCCACCCGUCAAGUGCCCUCCGAUACCCCAACUCAGCUGUCCGCCAUGUCCAGAACAACCCCAACUCAGCUGUCCACCAUGUCGAGAAGAACCUGCCGAUGCAAACGAAGAAGAAGAAGAAUCAGCACCUGCUGAGGAGAACGAAGAAGAUGAAGAAGAUGAGGACGAAACAGAGGAAACAGAAGAAGCAGAGGAAACACCUCUGGAACAGCGUCGUGCUGAAUCAUCAUCCAACAAUAAGCAGCAACAGCCGAAAUCCUUGGUGUUCCCCGAAAUUGUCAAUCGCUUUGCCGUGGGAGCGGCCUUUACCACCAAAGAAAAUUUCACAGCAACGUUUGAUUUGGGUAUGCCUGUGGAAUACUCUCAAAAAGAGGGUGAAAAGGGAGUCAUGAUAAUCUACAGUUCACCUCAGGCAUUGCCACGAAAGUUUGGCAAUACAAAAGCAGGCAACAGCAAUGACCCCAUGCGCAUACUUUCGGCCCAAGAAGCCACGGAAAAUUGCGAUUACAUGAACGUUAUCAUGACUUACCACGAAGGCAAACGUCGACAGUGUUUGGCCAUUGUACCACAAUAUGAAUCCUUUCAUAUACAAAAAUGGCUUCGAGUGCCUGAAAAGGGACCUUCUAUGGGUUCCUUUCAUCCACUGCGAAUGGUCCCACGAGGAAAGUCCAUGAAUGGAGAAAAUGCCUUUCAUCCACCGGCACACGAAAAACAUACCAAAAAGGCAUGGAAAAUGCUCGAGGGAUAUCUUGAUUCCGUGGAUGAUGUCAUUGCCGAACUCAAACCGAUUGUGCAAAAGAUUGCAAGCAACAAUGCCAUUGUUGUGAUGGUUUGCAACUUUGGACAGUCCCAACUCUUGCUUAACUUUGCCUGUUCCGCACGGGCAAAAGGAUUGGAUGUUUCCAAUGUGCUGGUGUUUGCCACGGAUCAGGAAACCCAAGAUUUGGCCGUAAGCAUCGGUCUGACUUCCUUCUUUGAUAAGAGAAACUUUGGGUCCAUGCCCAAAAAGGCUGCAAAGACGUAUGGAGAUGGAAUCUUUACAAAUAUGAUGCUCUCCAAGGUCAUUUGUGUUCAUUUGGCCAGCUUGGUGGGAGUGGACUUUCUUUUUCAAGAUGUGGAUGUUAUGUGGUAUCGUAACCCACUUCAAUUCUUUCAGAACAACACUUCGCCCAUCAGGCAUUUCGAUGCCUAUUUUCAGGAUGAUGGAUCGAGGUCUUUGAGAUUCGCUCCUUUUUGUGCCAAUUCUGGGUUUUACUUUAUUCGCAACAAUCCUAGAACCAGAUACUUUUUGACAUCUUUUCUCAUGCAGAGUGACCUUGUCUUGAGAUCAUUCUCUCAUCAAUCCGCCAUGAUUGCCAUCCUAUCGGAACAUUCCUCCUUGUUAGGGCUUCGUGUGAAAGUGCUUCCUCCAGAAGAAUUUCCAAGUGGAUUCAUUUAUCAUCGAAAGAAAGGAAGAGGUCACUAUGGCAACUACUUUACCGACCUCUUCAAAGGCAAACAGAAACCUUGGGUGCUCCAUAUGAGUUGGACAAAGAAUAAAAACAACAAAGUUCUGUACUACAAGCAGUUGGAUCAGUGGUAUUUACAGGACAAGUGCAUGGACAAGAAGGUUAGCGAGAUUGCUCUGCCCAGCGGUUCCGGCUUUGUGGAUAACUGUUGCUCUGCAGAAUCACUCUUCUCCUGUCACUAUCGCGACAAGCCAAGCAGCAGACCAUGCAAGGACAGCCCCGCUUUGGAUAAGAAUGGCCAAUCAUUCUGGUGA